AUGAACGACGGCGGCGCUGACCAGCGCACGACCGACGUGCCCGCCACGCAGCUCCGGCCACGCGCCUGCCAUGACGUCAACACGCCCCCGACACACCCCUGCCACGCCCUCGGCACGCCCCCGCCACGCCCCGACGUGCCCCUGCCACGCUUCCGCCAUGCCACAGCUCGUGUCGACGCACAAAGACACGGUGAUCUCGAUCUCACGAAUCACGAUGAAGGCCCGCACCACCCCGCUCGCGUGCCCCGGCCUGACGGCGUUCGCCCUACGCCUCAUCAGCGAGCUCUCCUCAAGGUCGUCCGCGGCCUGUCGGAGCAGGCCCUCGCCGACCGCACGCCGGGGGGCGGGCCGCGCGUCUCCUUCGCGUGCGGCGUGUGGCACGACGAGACCCGGAAGCUCAGGCCAUCCUUCCGCGAAGCCGCCGCCCAGUCCUACAAGGCGGAAACCCGCGCCGUCGACUUCCACGGAAAGCCAGGAGAAGCCGUGAAGCAGAUCAACGCCUGGGCGGCGGCGGCGACGAACAACCUCAUCGACUCGGUGCUCACCGAGCAGCAGGUGUCCACCGAGACGGACGUCGUCGUCGCCAACGCCGUCUACUUCAAGGCCACGUGGCGCUCCCCCUUCCGCGAGCACUACACCGAGGACGACAAGUUCUACCGUCUCGACGGCACCACCUUGGACGUCGCCUUCAUGCAGAGCGGCAAGAAGCAGUACAUUGCCUGCCACCAAGGCUUCAAGGUGCUCAAGCUCGACUACAGGCAAGGGCACGUGUGGUCUUCGCCGCCGGCGUCGUUCUCCAUGUGCAUCUUCCUCCCGGACGAGCGCGACGGGCUCCGGGGCUUGGUCCAGAGGAUGGCGUCCAGCCCGAACUUCAUGCGCGCGCACCUUCCGACGAGUCUCGUCUCGGUCGGCGACUUCAAGCUGCCCAGAUUCAAGCUCACCUUUUCGGCCGACAUGUCUGGCAUUCUCCGGCGGUUAGGACUCCGUAUGGCGGAAGCCGACAUGUCCAACAUGGUGGAGGACGACGGCACCGGUAGGCCAUUGGGUCUGAGCGGUAUCGUCCACAAGGCUAUCAUCGAGGUGAACGAGGACGGUACCGAGGCGGCGGCCGUCACCGCCGGUAUAAUGUGCGGCUGCGGUCCUCCACCGAAAACACCGCCGGUUCUCGUGGAUCUCGUCGCUGACCAUCCCUUUGCCUUCUUUGUAAUUGAGGAGGAGUCGGGUGCCGUCAUCUUCGCUGGGAACGUCCUUGAACCCUCUCCGUCGAUUCCUGGAGAGAAUCUUCGUCGCCGUGAGUCCGUACAUCGUGCUCCUAACUUCGUCGUCGGGAGGAGGCCCGAGCAUCCAUGGACUUUGGGUGCAAUCCAUGAGAAACAGCCGCUCGGGGUAUACUCAAGGGGUAUGGAUGGCCGUCCAUUUGUGCAGCAUGAGGCUGCUUCAUGUAAUCGUAUUCUUCUUUUCGCUUGUGUCUGCCUGGUUGUGGCAUUUUUCUUUCAACUUGUACGUCUUUUGGUGAUGUAA